AUGGAGUUGGGCAGUAUUCUGCAGUUCUUAGAGAACAGGUCCAUUCUUGUCACUGGUGCCACUGGCUUUUUGGCAAAGAUUUUUACUGAGAAGAUUCUUAGGGUUCAACCAAAUGUGAAGAAACUCUAUCUUCUAUUAAGAGCUGCAGAUUCAAAGUCAGCCAUUCUACGUUUCAACAAUGAGGUGAUAUCAAAGGACUUGUUCAGUAUUCUUAAAGAAAAAUGGGGCGGAAAUCUAAAUUCCCUAAUUUCACAAAAAGUAAUUGUUGUGGCUGGUGAUAUUACUUGUGCCAACUUGGGGGUUAAGGAUUCCUAUUUGUUGGAGCAAAUGUUGAAAGAGAUAGAUGUAGUGGUUAAUUUAGCUGCAACGACCAAUUUUGAUGAAAGAUACGAUGUUGCUCUUGGAAUUAAUACAUUUGGAGCAAAACAUGUUUUGGAUUUUGCUAAAAAUUGUGCCAAGCUAAAGGUUCUUGUUCAUGUAUCAACUGCUUAUGUGUCUGGUGAGACGGAGGGACUAAUAAAAGAGGACUCUUACAAGUUGGGUGAGACACUGAAUGGGACAUCUGGAUUGGACAUUGAUACAGAGAAGAAUGUGGUGGAGGAGACAUUGAAUCAGCUGAGGGCUGAAAAUUCUUCUGAAGAAUCCAUUAAAUCAGCCAUGAAAAAUUUGGGAAUUCAAAGAGCAAGGAAGUACGGGUGGCCAAAUACUUACGUAUUUACGAAGGCAAUGGGGGAGAUGCUUUUGGGACACUUGAAAGAUAAUAUACCUAUUGUUAUCAUUCGUCCUACAAUUGUUACUAGUACUUACAAAGAGCCUUUUCCUGGCUGGGUUGAAGGUGUCAGAACAAUUGAUAGCUUAGCUGUUGGUUAUGGUAAAGGUAAAAUAACAUGCUUCCUUGGCGAUCCCAAAACAAUAAUUGACGUGAUUCCAGCAGAUAUGGUGGUGAAUGCAAUAGUGGUAGCCAUGGUGGCUCAUGCAAAUCAACCUAAUGAGAGCAUUUACCAUGUUGGAUCUUCUGUUUCAAACCCUGUGGAGUUUACUUGGCUUCAAGAAUAUGGCUUCCAAUACUUCACCAAACACCCAUGGAUAAAUAAGGAUGGCAAGCCAGUCAUUGUUGGCAAGGUCACGGUGUUGAGCACCAUGGCUAGUUUCCGCCAAUACAUGGCGGUUCACUACUUGCUUCCACUGAAGGGAUUACAAAUAGUAAAUGCAGCAUGUUGCCAGUACUUUCAGGGCACUUAUCUUAAUCUGCAUCGGAAGAUCAAGUUUGUAAUGAGGUUAAUAGAACUUUAUGGGCCUUAUUUGUUCUUCAAAGGAGUUUAUGAUGACAUGAAUACAGAAAAACUGAGAAGAUCAGCUAAAGAAAGCUGCGAGGAGACUGAUAUUUUCUACUUCGAUCCCAAAAGCAUUAAUUGGGACGAUUACUUCAUGAAUACUCACAUUCCUGGCGUAGUAAAAUACGUUUUCAAAUGA